AUGGGUUUUGAAACUAAAUGGAGGAGUUGGGUGAAAUGUUGUGUGGAGUAUGUCAAGUUCUCUGUUAUUAUAAACGGAUCUGCAGCUGGUUAUUUCAAAAGAAAUAAAGGGAUCAGGCAGGGAGAUCCAUUAUCUAGUUUUCUUUUUCUUCUUGUUGGUAAAGCUUUGUCGUAUAUGAUAAAACAAACUCAGGAUAAGGGUCUUAUUUCUGGGUUUCAAACCGUGGAUGGAGGUAAGAUGGUGAGUCAUUUACAAUUUGCGGACGAUACUCUCAUUUUCAUUGAUGCUUCUAUUGAGCAAGUUCAACAACCCAGAUUACUUCGUAUCUCCAUUGAAUUGAUAACUGGUUUGAAGAUUAAUUUUGCCAAGAGUCAAAUUUAUGGUGUUGGUUAUGAAGGUGACUUGCAUCAAUUCUCUAGUAUACUGGGCUGUUUUUCAGAAACACUACGUACAACUUUCUUUGGUUUGCCUUUGUGA